AUGCGAAUUUAUCGCGCCCGCUGUGCAUUCGGUGCACGCUUAAAAUCGGGUACGCCUGCCCGAUGAGGUCCUCCUUGACCAGCUCGACGUCGAGCUCCUUCGGUACUCCGCGUAUUACUACGCGGAGCUCGCGAUCCUCCUGGAGCGCAUAAGUGUGGAAGCUUAUGCGUUCCUUUCGGAGGUGGGCUGUCAGCGCCCUGUGGUCGUCCGGUGAGGCCGUUUUUAUCUGUAUGCCGUGCGCGAUGUUACGCGCAUGGAUGACGGUGACGUUUUGUGCCUUACAGGCACGGGAUACGCGAUCCCACGCGGUCUUAUCUUGUAAAAUUACCGGCGGCGGCGCGGGAAUUUUGCGGACGGACGCGGGUUGGGGUCGCGGCGACGGGGUUGCGCGGCGAGGGGAGUCGGGUGAGACCACGACUUUAGGCCGCGAUGCGUUCGCGGCCUUAGGUUGUUUUGGCGCCGCGGACGGUUCCACGGCGCGGGCGCGUUUCUUUCCGCGCGUGACUGUUUUGAACCCAUCGGAGGUUCCGGGUUCGGGGCUGGCGGCCGACUCGAACUCCAUCUCCGACUCGGAGUCGGAGCCGGAGCUCGAAUCCGCGCAUGACGCGAUCGACGCGGGCGCGGGGGUGGGGGGCGACAUCGGCGAGUCGCGGAUACAAACUGUUUUUACAACUCAAGGUCGCGACGCCAGCGACAGCGCGUCAAGAAUGCACAACAAUGCCGCGAUCGGUGCGACAACGACAAUGUUGGACAACUCGAGACUCACGUUCGCGACGGCAGCGACAAUUAUUUGCAAAAACGCGUCCGGACUGAACGGCGAUGCAAUCGGAACUGAAAAUGUUUGA